AUAAUCAGACACAGUUUUUUUUUUUUAACAUGGCUCCCUCUGUCCCCAUUUCCAUUCGGAUAGUAGCAUUAUGGGUUCUUUGUAUCUUCAUGCAUGCCACAACUAUGUCCUUUGUAGCCGCAUCUAAAUCAUCAGCGCUAGAACUAGAAGCAAAGGCUAUACUGGAGAGUGGAUGGUGGAGUGAAUAUUCCAACGAUACCUCAAGUCUUUGCCGGUGGGAUGGAAUCAUAUGCAAUGACGGCGGAAGCGUCGCCAAGAUUGACUUGGCAUGGUUUCGACUGGGAUAUAAGAUAAGUAAAUUCAACUUCUCUUCCUUUCCAAAUUUAUUCAGUCUUAAUCUUUCAUACACUCAGCUCUCGGGGAGGAUUCCAUUAGAGAUAGGCACCCUUUCGAAACUCACCUACCUUGAUCUAUCCCAUAAUAAUCUUAUUGGUGACUUGCCUCUUUCACUUGCAAAGCUCACUCAAUUAGUGACCUUAAACAUUUCUUCUAAUCUAAUAAGUGGUUCCAUCUCUAAAGAAUUGGGAAAUUUAAAGAAUCUUCUUGUUUUAAGUCUGAGUAAUAACAGAUUUAGUGGACCAAUCCCUCCAACUCUUGGCCUUUUAACCAAUCUUUCCAAUCUGGAGUUGUCUUUUAAUGAAAUCAACAGUUCUAUUCCUUCUGAAAUUGGAUUGUUAAAGAAUCUAUUAAAUUUGGACCUACAACAAAAUAAGCUCAUUGGUCCAAUCCCUUCGUCUCUAGGUCAUCUAACCAAUUUGGCCUUCUUAUCUCUUUCUUCAAACCAAAUCAAUGGUUCCAUUCCCCCAGAAAUUGGCAACUUGAAGAAUUUGAGUUACUUGUUCCUCAAUAAUAACAAUAUCACUGGAGAGAUUCCAAUUGAACUAGGAGAUUCACAUUGUAUAGAGAUCUUAGAUCUCAGCUACAAUUAUCUUAUUGGAAACAUUCCUGAUUUUUCAAAUUCCAUAAAAGAAAUAAACUUUUCAUACAAUUCUUUGCAUGGUCAAAUCCCAAACGGCUACUUAGGUCAUACAACUUACAUAUUCAUCAGCAACAAAGAUUUAUACGGUGAUAUCAAAGGUUUCCCUCCUUCCCUUCCAUCUUCACCAAACAAUAAUAGAUCAAUUUUCCAACAAAUAAAGUUUUCAGUUCCACUUGCCUCUUUGCCUGGCUUUUUAAUUCUUGGGUGUUUUUUCCUCUUUCGAUGUGGGACUAGGAAACCAAAAUCUGAGCAAUCAGGGGAAACAAAGAAUGGGGACUUGUUCUCGAUAUGGAAUUAUGACGGAAAAAUUAGAUAUGAAAACAUCAUUGAAGCAACAAAGAACUUCGAUAUUAGAUAUUGUAUUGGAACAGGCGGUUAUGGUAGUGUUUACAGAGCACAAUUGCCAAAUGGUAAAGUGGUUGCCUUAAAGAAACUUCAUCGCUUAGAAGCUGAGGACCCAACUUUUGACAAGAGUUUCAAAAAUGAGGUCAAAAUGUUAACAGAAAUUCGGCAUAGAAAUAUUGUUAAACUAUAUGGCUACUGUUUGCAUAAAAGAUGCAUGUUUUUGGUCUAUGAGUACAUGGAAAUGGGAAGCUUGUUUUUUGUCCUAAGCAAUGAUUUUGAUGCUGUGGAAUUGGAUUGGAUGAAAAGGAUGAAUGUCAUCAAAAGUAUAGCACAUGCCUUAUCUUACAUGCAUCAUGAAUGUGUCCAAGUAAUUGUUCAUCGAGAUAUAAGUAGCAACAAUAUUCUAUUGAACUCUGAGUUAGAGGCUUUUGUCGCUGAUUUUGGCACGGCUAGACUUCUUGAUCCUAAUUCCUCUAAUCAAACUUUACUUGUUGGGACUUAUGGUUAUAUUGCUCCUGAAAAAUGUGAUGUUUAUAGUUUUGGUGUGGUGGCACUAGAAAUAUUAAUGGGAAGACAUCCAGGUGAACUCUUGACUUCAUUAUCAUCAUCGUCACCUCAAAAUGUGAUGCUAAAUGGAAUUUUAGACCAACGUCUCCCACCUCCAAACCGUCUAGUUGCACAAGAUGUUUUCCUUGUUGCUACAAUUGCAUUUGCAUGCUUACGUUCCAAACCAAAGUCUCGACCAACAAUGAGAUGGGUGUCUCAAGAAUUUCUUUCUCAUAAGAAACCAAAAAUGAACCCCCUACAUGCAGUUUCACUAUGGUUGCUGAGGAACCAAGAAAUUUAUACUGGUGGGGAGAAUGAAACUUAAUUAGGAAGUGCUUUUGUUCAGUUUGAGACUUGAGAACCAUAUUGUUUGAUGAACAUCCAUGGAAAAAAAAAAUAAAUAAAUAAAUUUUAUAUAUA